AAAGCCCCAUCCCAGGUGUCUUACUUGCCUUUGAGUCCCUGUGUCUCUCUGAGUCUCUCUGAGUCUCUGUUGUUCUCUCUCUCUCUCUGAAGUUACUUCACUGCAGUCAUGGAUGAUGUGUAUAAAGCAGCGGUUGAGAACUUGACUGAAGAGCAGAAGAAUGAGUUCAAGGCUGCGUUCGAUAUCUUUAUCCAGGAUGCAGAGGAUGGGUGUAUCAGUACCAAGGAGCUGGGGAAGGUGAUGAGGAUGCUGGGACAGAACCCCACACCAGAAGAGCUGACAGAGAUGAUAGACGAGGUGGACGAGGAUGGCAGUGGCACGGUGGAUUUCGAUGAGUUCCUUGUCAUGAUGGUGAGGUGUAUGAAGGAGGAGAGUAAAGGCAAAUCAGAGGAGGAGCUGGCUGAACUCUUCAGAAUGUUCGACAAGAACUGCGAUGGCUACAUCGACCUGGAGGAGCUGAAGAUGAUGCUGGAGGAGACGGGAGAGACCAUCACUGAGGACGACAUCGAGGAGCUGAUGAGAGAUGGAGACAAGAACAACGACGGCAAGAUUGACUACGAUGAAUUCCUGGAGUUCAUGAAGGGAGUGGAAUAAAUCUUCAGAAAUAUAAAAUAAUAAAUCAGAACCUGCAAGCAACGCAGCCCCCCUCCCCCUGAAUCGAUCACCACCACAUAGUAAUACUGGUAUUUAUUGUAUAAUUUCUACCCCUGUAUUUAUUGUGUAAUCUCUACCCCUGUAUUUAUUGUGUAAUCUCUACCCCUGUAUUUAUUGUGCCAGUUUAAUCAAGCUAUGCUGUAUUUUCAAUAAAAGAAAAUGGAAAAGCAGAA